AUGCCGCCUCAUAAUCAAAGUGUGGCGAAUCAUGACGCAAAUAAGGACGAUGUAAAGAUUACCAGGUUCGGAAAUAAGAAAAUACUCCACUAUUUGAAGUUGGACGUGGUCACUUUGAAAAUCUGCAAGCGUAUGUUUGCGCUAAUCAGAUGCCAUUUCUUUUUCCCAAGUUGCGAUCGGACUCAGAGCGUGUAUAAAAGGCAAAAUAUUUGUCGUGAAACGUGUCUUAUGGCAAUGCAUACAUGUUUGAAAUUAUGGAAAAUAACCGGGGUCGCAGUUAAACUUAAACACCCAAACAUGAAAGUAGACGAACUAUUUAAAUGUGAACUACAGCCUUAUAGAAAUGCUGGUGAUAGCCCAGAAUGCUGGUAUGAAGAUUUUACAAACUCCACAGAUGAAUCUUUAGCCCCAGAAUCGCCAGACAAAUUAGAUUGUCUUUACUUAAACGGAAGCAAUUACCAUGGCAACAUAUCAGUGACAGCCUCGGGUAUUCCGUGUCAGCCAUGGACAGAACAAUGUCCACAUCGUCAUACCAUGAACACCACGUAUCCAGAAUUAAAUAACGCCAAGAAUUACUGUCGCAAUCCCAAGAACUCGGGACAAAGACCUUGGUGUUUUACUACAGAUAGAAACAAAAGAUGGGAGUACUGUGAUAUCCCUAAGUGUACACCAGUGGAUGGUGGUUAUGGCGACUGGAGAUUAAAGGAUGCGUGUAACACAACUUGUGGGGAAGGUUUCGAAACAUUGGUACGAAAUUGCGACAAUCCUGAGCCAAAGUUUGGUGGAAGAAACUGUAGUCAUCUUGGAAAACCAGUUGAAGACAGAUCUUGUUCAGCAAGACCUUGUCCUGUCAAUGGCGGUUAUAGCAACUGGAGUGUGAGUAUCAUAUGCCAUGUCUCAUGCGGUGAAGGAGUGGAAAUAUGGGAAAGAACUUGUGAUAAACCAGAACCAAAAUACGGAGGCAGUAACUGCAGUGUUCUUGGAAGCUCAACUGAGAAAAGAAAAUGUAACAGAAAACCUUGUCCAGUUGAUGGUAACUAUGGCAACUGGACGAAAGCAUCGCCAUGUAGUACCACGUGUGGCGGUGGAGUCGAGGUCUGGAUACGGCAUUGUGAUAAUCCCCCUGGAAAGUACGGUGGUAACUGUAGUAAGCAGGGCAAGGAUCAAGAUGAACGCUUGUGUGAGAAGCAACCAUGUCCUUUUGUCCUUGAUUCCGGGACGAUUAGCAUCAUCGUUAUUACUUCAAGCUUAGCAUUCAUUACUGCAGUUGCCAUUCUUAUCUUCUUCCUACGAAAACGAUGGCGAAAACAAGGAUGUCAACAUUAUGCCAUUUUUCGUUUUUCUUCUCAAAAUUCCCCGGAUGGUGGGCAACAUCACCAAUGUAAUGAUACAGCAGAAGGCGCAAGCUUCUUACAGGGGAAUGAUACGAGGGAUAAAUUAUAUGAAAACCUGACAAUCGUAGGAAACCCGGCUCCAGGCCUUUCCCGAGGUGUUGUAGAUCACAGAAAUUAUUACGCCAACACGCUCUCGCGAAGUUCCUUGUAUGGCAAACUGCAAGUAUUCCGGCCAAUGGCUGUUGCAUGGCUUCGAAACGCGUGGGGGAAUGUGGACGAGUUUGGCAACCAUAUUUAUGACGUCAUGCAAUGUGAUGUCAGACAAGUCUUUGUCCCAUACGAUAGGCUGGAACACGCAGUGGCAAAAUGA